CUAUUUCUACCCGUCACUCUUCGUUUCUCUCUCCAUCAAGCCUCUUAACUUAGCCUAGUGGAGAACCGGGAAGCUCAAGUUCUCUCUCUCUCUCUCACUCUCCAUCCGUCUCUCUAUUUCUCUGUGUCGGAAGUCAUGGCGAGGGCCUGGAUUGUGGAUGGUCCUGGGAUUGCGAGGAAAGUGAAGAAUGCCUCUGUCUCUUCGGCUCUACAGCUCAAAGACUGCGGUGCUUAUAUCGAAUGUCCCAACUGCACUCACCGCAUUGACAACGGCAAUGUGCUGAUGCCAUGGCCAGGCCUACCCAAAGGUGUCAAAUUUGAGCCGACAGACGAAGAGAUAAUUGAGCAUUUGGAGGCUAAGUGUGGGAUCGAUGGAUCAGAACCUCACGUGCUUCUCGAGGAAUUUAUCCGUGCUGUCACUGAAGACGUUGGAAUCAACUACACUCACCCAGAAAAUCUUCCUGGUGCGAACAAAGACGGAGUCAGCGUAUUCUUCUUUCACAAGACGGUUCAGGCAUACGGAACCGGGCAGAGGAAACGCAGACGGAUCACACCCACUAGUGUGAAUGAUGAACCAGUUCGCUGGCACAAGACAGGCCGGACCAAACACGUGAUGCUCAAUGGAGUUCAGAAGGGCUGCAAGAAGAUCAUGGUGCUGUACAAGAGCGCAAGGAAGGGAUCGAAGCCCGAGAAGUCAAACUGGGUUCUACACCAAUACCAUCUGGGAACCGAGGGAAAUGAGAUUGGAGAGUAUGUCAUUUCCAAGGUCAUGUAUCAGCAACAAAAGCAAGGGGAGAAGAAUGUGGAAGAAGAGGAAGUUCCUGAAGAAGGUGAGUGUUCCGGGGCGCAGGCCAGUCCAAGAACGCCAAAAACGUUUACUCCUGCCCAAUUGAGACCUGUAAGCAGCAUUGCUGGAGAUGAAGAAGCUUUUGACGACACGAAGAUGGUAGUUGAGGGACUGGAGAACAUUCCAGAAGCUUCUUUUGGUUCGGCUGGAGAAACUGCAGCGGUUGAAGAUCCUGACUUGAAGUGCAAGGAAAGCAUAGAGGCAUCAGCUCUCUGGAAUAACCCGGAGGAGAAUCCCAAUUCUGGAUUGGGAAAUUCCCAGAACGUGUGCGGAGAACUUGAGAUUGGAUCAGGAAACUUUGCGAUUUCGGAUCUGGAGAAUGCAGAUCUUGGAUCGCCUCCUGAAUUUCUGUCCUUAGCUUCUCAGGACAGUUUGCUGAAUUGGCUGGGGUGGCUGUGAAAUAAGAGAGCUGAAGCCACGAUCUCUCUCUGAUAUGCCCUUCUUCAGCAAAGGCCUCAAGCACUCGACUGGAGUCUUUGUCGGUUUUUCCAAGGAGUCUCUGCUUAUGGCAUGGAUGAUCGCUUGGUUGUUUUGGUUUUGUUAAAUGUAAUCAAAAUCUGGUUUUUAUUUUCCCAAGUAAAUCCGCCAUUCAAAAGCUUUAUGUAUAUGUAAUUGGCAUGAACGUUUCGAAUUCUGGAUGGGAUUCUGCAGCAAACGCAGUGUUACGAGGAACUGUCCAAAGAGUUUCAAAGCGGCA